CCUAGGAUGCUCCCUUUUGGCUCCUUUCUCCACGGGCGGCUGCUGUUGCUGCUACUUCUUCUGGGCCCUGCAUCGCCCCAGGACCCCGAGGAGCCUGACAGCUACAUGGAGUGUACGGAUGGGUACGAGUGGGACACAGAAAGUCAGCACUGUAAGGAUGUGAAUGAGUGCGAGACCAUCCCUGAUGCAUGUAAGGGGGAGAUGAAGUGUAUCAACCACUACGGGGGCUACCUGUGCCUGCCUCGCUCGGCCGCUGUCAUCAACGACGUCCAUUCAGAGGGGGGCCCCCCUCCCCGGCCAAGGCCUCCCAGGCCUCCGGCCCCCGGUCCGCCUCGACCCAACCCCUGCCAUCAGGGCUAUGAGCCCGAUGAUCAAGACAACUGUGUGGACAUAGAUGAGUGUGAACUGAAUCUCCAUGACUGCCGUCCCAGCCAAGAGUGCCACAACCUCCCCGGCUCCUUCCAUUGCUCCUGCCCUGACGGCUACAGAAAGAUGGGCUCCGAGUGUGUGGACAUAGACGAGUGCCGCUACCGCUACUGCCAGCAUCGUUGUGUCAACGUUCCCGGCUCCUUCACCUGCCAGUGUGAACCUGGCUUCCAGCUUGGGCCCAACAACCGCUCCUGCGUAGAUGUGAACGAGUGCGAGAUGGGCGCACCCUGCGAGCAGCGAUGCCUCAACUCCUACGGGACCUUCCUCUGCCGCUGCAACCAAGGCUACGAGCUGCACCGGGACGGCUUCUCCUGCAACGAUAUCGACGAGUGCAGACAUUCCACUUAUCUCUGCCAAUUCCACUGUUCCAACGAGCCGGGCCGAUUCUCCUGCCACUGCCCGCAGGGCUACCAGCUGCUGGGCACUCGCCUCUGCCAAGACAUAGACGAGUGCGAGUCUGGCGCCCACCAGUGCUCCGACGGCCAGAGCUGUGUCAACUUCCACGGGGGUUACCGCUGCGUGGAGACCAACCGCUGCUCGGAGCCCUACGUCCAGGUGUCUGACAACCGCUGCCUCUGUCCAGCCUCCAACCCUCGGUGCCGGGAGCAGCCGUCCUCCAUCGUUCAUCGCUACAUGAGCAUCACAUCAGAGCGCAGCGUCCCUGCGGACGUCUUCCAGAUUCAGGCCACCUCCGUUUACCCCGGUGCCUACAACGCCUUCCAGAUCCGAGCCGGAAACCCCCAGGGAGACUUCUACAUCAGGCAAAUCAACAACGUCAGUGCCAUGCUGGUUCUGGCUCGGCCCGUGACGGGGCCCCGGGAGUAUGUGCUGGACUUGGAGAUGGUCACCAUGAACUCUCUCAUGAGCUACCGGGCCAGCUCUGUGCUGAGGCUCACGGUCUUUGUGGGGGCCUACGCCUUCUAGGGGGCAGCUCUUCCUCCAGCUAAGGGAUGGGGGACUUCCCUAUGAAAACAUCAGAAGCUGUUAAGGAAUAGAAAAAUCAAUAAAAAGAGAAAAACUGG